GCUUGGAUGGGCUACAGACAGCCCAGUUCUUUUGACACUCAUUUCGUCCAACUUAGCUUCGAAAUCCUGUCAGUUUACUAAUCUCGUUCCUUACUGUACUCAGCGACAUCGAAACGAGACGGUUAGAGCGAUAUACUUUUGGAAGCAAUGGCAUGGAGAGGACAACUUUCCAAAAACAUAAAAGAACUUCGGUUUUUGAUGUGCCAGUCAUCAUCUGCAAGCGCAUCUGCAAGGGCUUUUGUGGAAAAGAAUUAUAAGGAACUAAAGACAUUGAACCCAAAGUUGCCGAUAUUAAUCCGUGAGUGCAGUGGAGUUGAACCCCAGUUAUGGGCUAGAUAUGAUUUGGGUGUUGAGAAAGCCAUCAAAUUGGAAGGCUUGUCAGAGGCACAGAUCUCUAAGGCACUUGAAAAUCUGGUAAAAGCAGGAUAGUCGUCCAAAGCUUGACAGUGCUGCUUAUUGUCAUGUCUGAAGUGGACUAAAUGCUCUUUUGCUUCACUUGUUAUUGCUAAGUGUUUUUGGUUUUAAAAUAAGACAGAUUUAUGUUUUUCCUUCUGUCUCAUGGCCUCUGAUAUCAACCUGUUUCUUUCUGCAUCUUACAUAAUUUCAUGUAAGACACUGUUGAGUUUAAUUUGAAAUCCUAGUUUUGUAUGUUAAGCACACUUGUCGUGAGAUAUUCGGACCAAAAUUAAACUAUUAAUAUUGGUUCAUUGCAUACUGGUCUAUGUUAAUGUUUGUCUAACAAAAGAACAGGAUUUUGGAUUGGCUCAGCCAAUGGUUGUAACUAUAACCAAAGCAUUAAUCUUAUGAUGUUUUCUUCUUCA